CAUCUCCGAGCCCUUAGUGUGUCCGCCCCGCACGGCGGCGAGCUAGGCGGAGGCGCGGCGAGGGCUCCGUGAAGCGGCCCAUGUCCGGCGCGGGUGAAGACCCCGCUCCCGGGCCCCAGCUCGGGGCCGAGGCGGGUGGUGGCCGGCUGGGCGACGCGGCCCAGGAAAAAUGUGAUAAAGAAAAUACUGAGAGAGAUAUAACUCAAGCCACUGAUAGCUGUUUCACACAUGGAGAGAUGCAAGACCAGUCCAUUUGGGGAAAUUGUUCGGAUGACGAACUCAUCAGAACCCAACCUCAGCGCUUGCCUCAGCUUCAGACUGCAGCACAGGAAAGUGAGGAGGAAAUAAGCAAGAUAAAGAAUGGCCACCCAAGUCUGAGCAAUGGAAAUGGAAUCCACCACGGGGCCAAACAUGUAUCUGCAGAGAAUCGAAGACUUUCAGCACCCGUUUCUCAAAAAAUGCAUAGAAAAAUUCAAUCCAGCUUGUCUGUAAACAGUGACAUCAAUAAGAAGAGUAAAGUAAAUGCUGUCUUUUCUCAAAAGACAGGCUCUUCACCUGAAGAUUGCUGUGUCCACUGUAUCCUGGCCUGCCUGUUCUGUGAAUUCCUGACCCUCUGCAAUAUUGUCCUGGGACAAGCUUCGUGUGGUCUCUGCACCUCAGAAGCCUGCUGCUGUUGCUGCGGAGAUGAAAUGGGAGAUGACUGUAACUGCCCUUGUGACAUGGAUUGUGGCAUCAUGGAUGCCUGUUGUGAAUCAUCAGACUGUUUGGAAAUCUGUAUGGAAUGCUGUGGAAUUUGUUUUCCUUCGUAAAUAUUUAUCUUCUGUUU